AUGACCACUCAACUACCAGAGGAGUCUGUGGAGACCCAGAGCUCAGAUGAGCUUGAGUGCAAGAUCUGUUACAACCGCUAUAACCUGCGACAGAGAAAACCAAAAGUGCUGGAGUGUUGUCACAGAGUAUGUGCCAAAUGCCUUUGCAAGAUCAUAGACUUCGGUGAUUCCCCACAAGGAGUCAUAGUAUGCCCAUUUUGCAGGUUUGAAACGUGCCUGCCAGAUGAUGAGGUUAGUAGUCUUCCCGAUGACAACAACAUCCUUCUGAAUUUAGCUUGCGGGGGAAAGGGAAAGAAGUGCCUACCAGACAACCCAACAGAACUGUUGCUGACUCCCAAAAGGUUGGCGUCUCUGGUUAGUCCUUCUCACACCUCUUCUAAUUGCCUGGUUAUAACAAUCAUGGAAGUACAAAGAGAAAGUCCCCAGACUCUGAAUGCAACCCCCGUGGUGGAAUUUUACAGGCCUACAAGUUUUGACUCUGUUGCAACUGUGUCCCACAACUGGACAGUGUGGAACUGCACAUCUUUGCUCUUCCAGACCUCAAUUCGGGUGCUAGUGUGGUUGCUAGGGUUGCUGUACUUUAGUUCCUUGCCUUUAGGGAUUUAUUUACUGGUAUCUAAGAAAGUCACCCUUGGGGUUGUCUUUGUAAGCCUAGUUCCUUCGAGCCUUGUUAUUCUCAUGGUUUAUGGCUUUUGCCAGUGUGUUUGCCAUGAAGUUCUAGACUGCAUGUCAUCUUGAUAACAAAUACAGUGAAAUAAGACGAAUUGCCACAUGUGUAGCAUAGUUGAUUUAUCCUGUCUUUGUAUUCUUAUUUAUUCUUAUUGUUGUCCAUCCCACUAAAUGUCAGCAGUGGCCCUAGUUAUAUGGUCCUUUUUUUUUCUACUUGAUUUUACUUCCCCCCCGCCUUUUUUUAAGCUAAACAAUGGAAAUAAAAUUUACAUGCUGAUUUUAAAAGGCUGAGUUGUAGAAAAGGAUAAAGCAAAAUUGCCAAACUUGGUGCCUGCUGCUGCUGCCACUAUUCAAAUAAGUAGCCCUUUGCUUUCUAUUGUCGUGAUCAUGUCAGUCAAGGCUGCAGGAUCCACCCUAGAAGAAAUUAGUAUAACAGGCACCUUCCAGGCCAAAGUACAGCAUCUCUUCAUCCAAAGCAUCUCAUGCUUUGGAAUAUCUGUUAUU